GAGUUUCUAUGUCACGUGGCAUCCAUGUGAAAUCUUCCCUUCCUUGCCGCAUUGCUAUUCCCGUGCCUCUCUGGGCAUGAAUAGGUUGUCGUUGCAUUCAAAUUUCAGCGUUUCACGCUUUCCGGAUUCAGCUGCUUGAUUCACUCCGCUGUUGUCUCCCUGCUCUCUAAUUUUGCCGUUCGUGUGUUACAAUGACGAACGCCAUGGGUCCUCCCCCUCUAAAAAACCCUAAUUUAGCUGCAAACACAGAAACCAAAUCCGCUGAUAAACUCGCUCCUCCUCCUCCUCCUCCUCCGUCUCCUUCCUUAGGAGUUGCAUCAGUAGAUUCAUUGAAGUCUGCUAUGGGUCCUCCUCCUCCCAAAAUUCCUCACGGUUCAAAGCCUGACUCGGUCCAGGCCAAUUUGAUUGCUGCAGAUGGCCUGCCGCAGUCUGAGACGCUCCCUGAACCUGUCGAGGAGAACCCUGAAAGCUCUUCGGAUUACGUAAGUGCGAAGUCUUCUCCGAAGCAAUCUCAAAGCGUUGUGGCUCCGUAUAAGAUUCCUGCUUGGGGUGGAGCUCCUUGCCACGAGUUCUAUCUUGAGGUUCUCAAGGACGGUUGCAUUAUUGAUAAACUUCACGUCUAUGAGAAAGGGGCCUAUGUGUUCGGGCGAUUAGACCUCUGUGACUUUGUGCUUGAGCAUCCAACUAUUUCUAGGUUUCACGCAGCUCUCCAAUUCAAGAGAAGUGGGCAAGCGUAUCUCUAUGACCUUGGGAGUACUCAUGGUACCUUUUUGAACAAGAAUCAGGUGGAGAAAAACACAUACAUUGACUUGCAUGUUGGUGAUGUUAUUCGUUUUGGAUGGUCAUCUCGCUUGUUCAUCUUCCAAGGACCAUCUCACUUGAUGCUUCCAGAAACUGAUGUGAAAGUCCUGAGAGAAGUCAAGAUGCGUGAACAAAUGCUAGAUCGGGAAGCUUCACUUCAACGGGCAAGAUUGGAAGCAUCCCUUGCUGAUGGUAUUUCAUGGGGUAUGAGCGAGGAUGCUAUUGAAGAGGAUGAGGAUGAUUCUGAUGAAGUAACGUGGCAAUCAUAUAAAGGAAAGCUUACUGAAAAGCAGGAAAGAACUCGUGAAAAAAUAACGAAAAGGAUGGAAAAGAUUGCUAACAUGAAGAAAGAAAUCAAUGCUAUACGAGUUAAAGACAUUUCUCAAGGUGGAUUAACACAGGGUCAACAGACUCAUAUUGCACGAAAUGAACAAAGAAUAACUCAGAUGUUGGAAGAACUUGAAAACUUGGAAGAGACACUAAAUGAUAGUAUUAGGGAAAGUAUUGGUGGACCUAAUGGCAAGUUAUCUCAUGGGAAGAAGAAAGGUCCAGUUGAAGAUGAAGAAGAAUACUUGAGCGAUGAUGAUGAAUUUUAUGAUCGGGCAAAGAAAAAGCCUAUGCGCCAGAAGGCUGAUGGCAGCCAAUCAAUUGAGACUGCUGAUACUCUUCUUGACAAAAGGGAGGCAAUCAUCAAGAAAAUGUGCGAGAAGAAAGAGAUGUUAUUAAUAGAAAAAAAUGAAAUGCCUUCAGAAAGUGUCAUGCAGGAUGAAGUUGAUGAUGCACUUGAUGCAUACAUGUCGGGGCUUUCGUCUCAACUUGUAUAUGAUAAAAGUGUUCGACUAGAGAAGGAUUUGUCAACACUCCAGUCUGAGCUUGAUAGGAUUUGCUACCUGUUGAAGAUUGCUGACCCAUCAGGAGAAGCAGCCAAGAAGAGGGAGCUGAAAGCAAAGGAACGCAAGCCUAACCAAGCUGAGGAAGCUGUCUCUAUCAUUAAGAAGAAGCAAGCUAUGGAGUCCCAAAGAAGCAGCGAGACUUGUGCAAAAGAAGAUAAGGAGAAAAUGCCUGCAGAAACCCAGAAAAAUGUUGAGCCUUCUGGUAAAGCAGAUGCAACAAUAAGCGUAGACAAGUCAAAAGGCAGCUCUGCCAAAAUGGAUGACGAGAAUGUCAUGUAUUCUGCUCCAAAGCCUCAAUGGCUGGGAGCUGUUGGAGAUGGGGUUACUACUGACACCCAACAAAAUGCAGAUGCGUUGGAUCUGCACCAGACGGAUGAUGAGUCUGAACCAUUUAUUGACUACAAGAACAGGAACAAAAUUUUGGGCGCCGGUGGUGAUGCAAAGGCAAUUGUGGAAUCUAAUAUUGAGUCUGCUGCUCCCGGUUUGAUUUUAAGAAAACGAAAGCAAGUUGAGAAAUCUGAAACAAAUGAUCAAGAUGCCUCCCAGCAACUGUCAUCUUCCUCCAUGGGUCCGGAAUUUGGCGCUGAGGAUGCUGUGGCACUAUUGUUAAAGCAUAAAAGGGGAUAUUAUGCUAGUGACAAGGAGAGAGGAAAUGAACACCAAGGUACCUCGGACACAAAUAAUGAUUCUAAGAGAGUUCUUGGACCCGAGAAACCAUCGUUUUUGAGAGACGAUACAGAUUAUGAUACAUGGGUCCCUCCUAAAGGGCAAUCAGGUGAUGGGCGAACAUCCUUGAAUGAUAAAUAUGGCUACUGAACUGUCCGGGGCCAUAAUUAAUGGUGGGCUUCUUGCGCCUAAUUUUUUUUUUCCAAGUUGGAGGAAGCAUUAGGGCGGAACCUGAUGAACGUUUGUGAACAUCAAUACGAAGGGUCGACUACUUCGGUGAUCCUCCUCACUGGCCUAAGGUUGAGAAGAAAAGCAUUGCAGUGAUGUCUUAAACAGACAAGGCAGGAGUGCAGAAUUAUGGGUCAUGGCUGAUAGAUGCCUCUCAUGUACAUGGCAUGAGUGCUGUAACGGGUUUGAGGAGAGACACUAGGUUCCAAUGUUAAAACUAGCCAGGCAAUUCUACCAAAGAAAGAAGAUAAGUAAUUCAAUGCAGUUCCUUGUGCUUGCAUCUUGAAAAAGGGUGAUAAGGGUGUUGUCUUCUUAUAUUUGUAAAAUGUCUUAUUGAAACCUUUGGUUGAGAUGAUAGUAGCUCAAAGGAAAUUGGGAUGCCAAACUAAAUCUUUAUGUGUUGCGAAUUUGUAUUGUUCUUGUAAUGUGAAAUUUUAAGGUAUAAUUAUGAAUGAACAAGAACAAUAAAUUUUAAAAAAGUGAAGGGUGUUCUGGUUUUGGUUAAAA